AUGCACAGGUGGUCAGCAGCUGGGGCCAUCACUGGGGUACACACCCCCAAAUCCCGGGAUGUGCAGGAGGAGGAGCUUAUAUCUGUGGAGCUAGAUGGCAUUAAACAGGAAGUCAGUGCCUACUGGUCAACUGGCUUGGAGAAUCCAGUAGCCAAUGAGAUUGGAGACUUUAGUUGUGACAUUCUGGCCAGCGCUUCUACCUCGUCCUCCCAGAAGGCCCUGAACAGCCGAGCUCAGAUCCGCAGCAGGACAGUCUCCGCCCCCACGCCCCCAGCAGAGAGGAUCCUCUCCAGCCCCCUCCUCCAGCCUGCCCUUGACCCUGCCCCCCUGCCUACCAUAGGCUCCGCCCUCAGAUCCCCCUCCCCCGGCAGCGCUGACGCAGGCCCCGCCCACAUCUUCCCCUGCAAGGAAUGCGGGAAGGUGUUUUUUAAGAUUAAGAGCCGUAACGCCCACAUGAAGACCCACCGGCAGCAGGACGAUCCCCAGGACUGGCUCCACCUGCGGCCUCUCAGCCACCCCGCUACACCUGCCCCUGUGCCUCCACCCACCAACCACCCCGCUACACCUGCCCCUGUGCCUCCACCCACCAACCACCCCGCUACACCUGCCCCUGUGCCUCCACCCACCAACCACCCCGCUACACCUGCCCCUGUGCCUCCACCCACCAACCACCCCGCUACACCUGCCCCUGUGCCUCCACCCACCAACCACCCCGCUACACCUGCCCCUGUGCCUCCACCCACCAACCACCCCGCUACACCUGCCCCUGUGCCUCCACCCACGAACCUCCUGGCUCUUAAGGAACCCUUCUGUAUCCAGAGGGAGGAAGAGGAGGAGGAAGAAGAAGAGGACCCCUUCCUCCCAGUGCAUGCCCUGUUACAAAUGGAAACAGGGCAGUUUAAUAAGGAGGAGCUGUGAUUGGUGGUUUAUUCCAGAUCCUGCGCUUCUGUAAGGGACGUCACUGGGGUAACAUAUCCUUGUGUCUUUGCAGAUUUGGACUCUCCACUGAGGGAGACAGAGAGAGAGAGAGCGAGAUGGAGAGGGAGAGAGAUGGAGAGGUAAAGGGACAGAUAGCGAGGGACAGAUAUCGAGAGGUAAAGAGAGAGAUAGAGAGGGAGAGAGAUGGAAUAGAUCCUCUAUUUUUACUUUCAGAAAUAAUUCAGCUUGCAGGUAUUUCAUUAUUGAAGAUUGUAAGACUAUCAAAUAGUCUAUAAUAUAUACAUUUAGGCUAUAAAAUGGGCUUGUUGGUGUUUAAUGGUGUAAAUUAUGCUGUAAAGACAGAGACAGUGUUAGAGACCCAGCAGGUUAUUCUGAAGCUUUCUUAUUACCAGCAUCCAUAAAACAGAGUGUAAUGGUUUAGAUGCGGUAUCAGGUCUGAGUGUACUGGUUUAGAUGUGGUAUCAGGUCUGAGUGUAAUGGUUUAGAUGUGGUAUCAGAGGCCUGAGUGUAAUGGUUUAGAUGUGGUAUCAGGUCUGAGUGUAAUGGUUUAGAUGUGGUAUCAGGUCUGAGUGUAAUGGUUUAGAUGUGUAUACACAGGCCUUGAUAAGAUCUUAGAUGUGGUAUCAGGUUUGAGUGUAAUGGUUUAGAGUGUAAACCAUUACACUCAGACCUCUGAUACCGCAUCUAAACCAUUACACUCAGACCUGAUACCGCAUCUAAACCGUUACACUCAGACUUGAUACCACAUCUAAACCAUUACACUCAGACCUGAUACCACAUCUAAGCCACUUUUAUUUUUGUAAAUGUUUACAAAAUAAAGUUGGCUACAACAUAGCCACUUUUAUUUUUGUAAAUGUUUUUGUAUUCAGGGUGGAAUUUAUAUAUUAUUACAUGUAUAUCAUUUUAUAUGUUACUUCAUUUUUAACAAAUACUUUGAAAAUGCAAUCAAAUGUCUUCCAUGCUCAGGAAUCCAUAUGUACACACACACACACACACACACACACUUGCAGGCAUACGCAUACACACCAUGUUUUCUUGUUGAGCCAAUCAGGAGGCCAGAUUCUGCUGUGUGUAUGUCUCCUUUUUGCCAGCUGGAAGUUAUUUGUAAAGUGCAGCAGUUGUGUAUAAACUGGGAAUUAUAUGGGAAAAGCAUUUUUGUUUGCUAUGUGAAAAAUGGAUUUAGCAUUGCCAUUUGGAUCUCCUGAACAGCAAAUACCUCAGACUGCACUUCAGCUGUUUACUUCAGAUCAUUAUAAUACUGUAGUAAAAAAGUCACAUUUCCUGCUGAAUCAGGGAUUAAAGUGAUUGGCUCAUUUGCCAGACAAAGUAAUGGAGAAUGAAUGUAUUAAAAUGUGCAUGAUGUAAUAAGCAGUUCUUCUGGCUCUUUUCAUAGACUGGGAGGGACUGAGCUGCCCCCUGGUGGUUGAACUAUGUAAAAUAUGUGUCACACCUGCAGUUAGUCACCCAGCAUUUGCGCAGGCCGGAUGUGUUGUAUCCAUUUCUCUUCGUAUGCAUGGUGAUCACUCCUGCCUUUCCUGUGGUGAUUGGUUGGGGAUACAGUGGGUGGAACAUUUCAUUUUUGGCAUGCAUCAUACAACUGUUUUCUGAAUGAUUAAAAUGUAUAAUUUUAUUCCACAAAUGAUCAUAAAAAUGUGGUCCAGCAGUUGGAUGGAUUUUGCGAUCAAUAAACAUUUGUUUAAACAAGA